CCAGCCAGUUUAACAGGACUUCACGUAUUCGUGACAAUGGGGAUCCAGAGGACUGACAGAGGCCGAUUCAUCUGACUUCUCUGCCGUCUUUCUGGAGAGGAAGAGUGACGGCUGCUGUUACUGGGUUUAACCAGGAAAACCAUUCAGUUGUAGCGCACUAAAGUGGUCGGAGCGCAGCCCUAUCUGCCACAAUGGCUGCGACGUAGCGCAACUUUUGGAUCCGUGGUGGAUGAUCGACAGCACUCCGAGGUGCCGCUAACUUUUACAGACUUGUAGGAGACACCGAGUAGGAAAAUAAUAACCAUGAAGAAACAGUUUAAUCGCAUGAGGCAGCUUGCCAACCAGACAGUUGGAAGGGCUGAGAAAACAGAGGUGCUGAGUGAUGACCUCCUCCAGAUCGAGAGGCGGUUGGAGUUGGUGCGUUUAGUGUCACACAACGCACACAAGAAGAUGGUGUCCUGUCUGCAGGGUCAACUGGGCACAGACACUGAGAAGAGACAUAAAAAGCUGCCCCUGACGAUGCUGUCUCAGGCAAUGCAAGAGGGAGGCAGUCAGCUGGGGGAUGAGAGUCUGAUCGGCAAGAUGAUGGAGGUGUGUGGAGAUGCAGAGAACCGGUUAGCCAGCGAACUGAUGCAGCAUGAAAUGCAGAUUGAGAGAGACAUCUUGGAACCUCUCAACCAGCUGGCAGAGGUGGAUAUUCCAAAUAUACUAAAACAGAGGAAGCAACUUGCCAAACUGGUUCUGGACUAUGACUCGGCCAAGACGAGGUGGUACCAAGCAACAAAGUCCAGCAACCCGGCCAUGGCAGCUAAGGUUGACUCUCUCAAAGAUGAGAUGGACGAGGCUCUCAACAAAGUAGAAAUAUGCAAGGACCAGCUCUCUGCAGACUUGUACAACUAUUCCUCCAAAGAGGGAGAGUAUGCACAAUAUUAUGUCAUGUUAUUAGAGGCCCAGGCAGACUACCACAGGAGGUCUCUGGCAGCUUUGGAGGGGGCUAUACCCGCCAUCCAAUCACAGCAAGACUCCUGGAUGGAGAAGCCAGCGUUUGGCACGCUCCUGGAGGAGCACCUGAAGAGAAGUAACCGUGACAUCGCCCUGCCCAUAGAGGCCUGUGUCAUGAUGCUGCUGGAGACCGGCAUGAAGGAGGAGGGUCUCUUCAGAAUAGCUGCUGGAGCUUCAAAACUGAAAAAGCUGAAGGCGGCACUGGACUGUUCCACCUCACAGCUCGAAGAGUUCUACUCUGAUCCCCAUGCUGUCGCUGGAGCCCUGAAGUCGUACCUCAGGGAACUUCCUGAACCUCUAAUGACUUUUAGUCUGUAUGAUGAGUGGACAAAUGCCUCCAAUGUUUCUGACUCUGAUAAGAGGCUUCAGGCCUUAUGGGUGGUAUGUGACCGUAUGCCAAAGACUCACAAAGCCAACUUCAGGUAUCUGGUGAAGUUUCUGGCCAAACUGGCUCAGGACAGCGACGUUAAUAAGAUGACUCCCAGCAACAUCUCCAUAGUACUGGGACCCAACCUGCUUUGGGCAAAGACUGAGGGGACGCUGGCCGAGAUGGCGGCAGCUACAUCUGUCCAUGUGGUCGCCAUCAUCGAGCCCAUUAUCCAGCAUGCUGAUUGGUUCUUCCCUGAAGAGGUGGAUUUCAACGUGUCAGGCAUGUUUGCCUUGCCCUCUCACCCUGCAACCCCGGAGCCUGAACCCAACCUGGACAGGAAACGCCCUGGCAGCCUGGUGGGGCAGGACGGGGAGAGUCACACCCCCCGUAAAGACAGCACUGUUAACAAACAGCCGGAGCCCACCCCACGUAGGGCCAACACUGUAAAUAGAAAGCAGCCACAGCUAACCUCACCCACCUUCCAACCCCCACCGCCCCGUCUGGAAGCUACCCUGCCUGAGCCCCAGCCCCAGGCUCUGCACCCAGCUACAGAGGCUGAGCAGCCUGGCCUGAGUGGUGCUGGUGGUGCUGCUGGCAUUGGUGGUCUGGGUGGUGGGGUCCAUGUAGCCACAGUGCAACCUCAGAUUGUAGCCCAGCUCAGCGCAGAGGAGAGCAGCCCAGCCCGCGAGCUCAUGUCCACCCCGCCUCCCCAGAGGAACGGUUCAGCAGCCAAUCUUACAGUAGGAACCUCACACACUCAGGGUGGGUCCAGGGGGCCCAGUCCACAUAUGGUCCGCAGAGGCACCAAGAAGCAAGCCCCAGCCCCACCCAAACAGGCCAGCCCCUUCGCAUCCCAGUUUGGUACCCAGACACCCGGGUCCCCUCAUCACCCGCCCAUCACUCCUCGACGUUACACUGUCAAAGAGAACCCCAUCCACGCCCCGAGCCACCCACCCCCGCAGCCUCCUCAAGCCCACCAGGCUCAGGGGGAGUCAGAGCCCUCUCCCCCCAGCACUCCAACCCCUCCAGACACUCCACCUCAUGAUGGACCGCAUUCCACCCCGCUGCCUGCCUCCCAUUAUGGAUCUCUCCCUCGCCCCGCCAGGCCAGCUCCCAAGCCACGGCCCCGACCCAGCAUGCCACCUCCCCCACAACCUGCAGCAAAUGAUAAUGGUAAUGGCAUCUGCAGCUCCGCUUCCAAGAUCAUAACAGACGGAGGCCUGGUCUUUAAGGGGAUUGGACGAGCCCUCAUCCCUGAGGUGAUUGUGGACCAACAAGAGGAGAGCUCUGCUGGUCAAGAGCCCGCUGCCACCGAAGACCCGCCCCUAGUCCCUCAGAUCCGGACAGAGAGCACCGCUCUGUGAAAAACGAGGGAUUAAUCGCUGUCAUCGAAAAACCUCCAUCAUUCAGCCGAUUUGAAUGUUUUGUAUCCAAUAUCAGGCAGGUAACUCAAAAGCAACGGAUAAUCUCGAUAUUUCCACCCUCAAACUCACAUAUCUGGAAAAAAAUGGCUGCAUUCUCUUCUGCUACACUGAGACUCAAGCUAGAAACCUCAUCUUGCAGUGGUGGUAUUAACCACAAAAUCCCUUUUCCAGCUAUCACUUUCCAUUUCAGACUUCACAUCGAACUGUCUUUGCUCUACAUUUUGAGUAUUUUGAGAUUGGACUGCAGAGGCUUGCAAGACUCAAACAUAUAACCUGAACCAUUUAACAGCUGAAGUCAGUUGUCACAUGCUUCUUUUCCAAAUCUUACUAUCAAUACUAUAAAUUCAAUAAUAUGAAUGUUUUUUGGACAGAAAUCUGUGAAUCCGGCACCAGGUCUGACUGCAUAGACCUAAUAACUAGUUAGUUGUUUUUUUGUUUUUUUAAUUCAGCAGCACAGUAUGUGUUGUGUUAGCCAGCAACUCUUGAUCUAUUUAUCUUGAAACACAAUCACAUUCUGGCAUUUUUCAUUUUCUAAUAUUACAGUUUCAACUAGCCAAAUGGCCAGCACACUUCAGCACCACACUGUAAAUGACCAAAGAAGGCUAUAGGCCAAAGGAAAUUAAAUUCAAAUUUACUGCUGCUUGGCUUAUACAAUGGUUUUUAAUGACCAAAUAUUUUGGCAAGAGUGCAAUAUAAAAAGCAGUAGUUUUCCAGUGGUGUCAUCUCCACAGCACAUACACACUCAUUUUUGGUAUUCCAGGCAAUUUCUUUUUACUUCAUGGUAUUUAAUAAUCUGGUGGAGUUCAGUAGAAUUACAUUUGCAUUUUAUUUUAUUUCAACCUGACCUGAUUUACCAAACUCAAAAUAGCUUUAAUGUACAAGAUUACUUUUUAUUAUCAAAAGGGAUUUGUUUUCUCACAUACUUGUUGUAAUUUUUGAAAAAUAUUUUUAAUACAUAUUGUAGCUCAUAAAUGAUCACUCCCACUCAAGCAUAAAGCUAUGACCAAAUAUAGCCAAAUAGUUAAAUUCUCUUUUGUGUAUAAUUUUUACAACGGCUGACGCUGACAAUCUUUACCUUGUUGGGGUAUUUUUUCAGCUCUUUGAUGAUGUUUUUUUGUAUUUCUUUGCAGCAUUUGUAUGGUGGUUUUUCUGCACAUUUUGCAUCAUUACUCUUGAUGAUUAAAGAUUGUUCAGCAUUUUA